GGGUUACCAGGGCUAACUGGGCAUAGAGGGGCUGAAGGAAAGCCUGGUACACAGGGCCCUUCUGGAGGAACUGGCAGCAGCGGAGAUAGAGGAGCCGCGGGUUCUUCAGGCCUGGCGGGGGGGGAGCGGUGCGGAGGGCCCAGGGGGCUCUACAGGCCCCCCUGGAAGUCUAGGGCCUACGGGAAUACCAGGAUCCCAAGGAGAGAGGGGUUUCACAGGGAAGCCUGGCCUGGAGGGACCUCAGGGGCCCGUAGGCAUGAAUGGCUUCCCAGGGACAGUGGGCAUGCGCGGGACUACAGGGCACAUGGGAGAGAGGGGUGAGCCUGGUUUGAGAGGUCUAGUGGGCCCUAUUGGGAAGACCGGUCCUCCAGGACCAGCAGGACCCACCGGAGAGAGAGGUGUUGGUGGGCCGCGGGGCCGACUGGGAGACGGAGGUCCAAGCGGCAUGCCGGGCCCAGCUGGUGCUCCAGGGUUUCCAGGUCCUAAUGGGAUGAGGGGGAAGCUAGGACCCAGGGGGGGGCCUGGGACCGCUGGCCCACAGGGUCCUGAUGGCUCAGCAGGAAUAACAGGCCAGCAAGGUUCUGAUGGGCUUAUCGGGACGGCUGGGGAAAAGGGAGAGAAGGGUUUACCAGGACCUCUUGGAGAUGCAGGCCCAGUCGGACGAGGUGGACAGCAGGGCAACCUGGGCCUGUCGGGAGUUGAAGGCCCCCCUGGUCGUAAGGGUGACCAGGGAGACCCAGGUAAUCAGGGAAAGGGUGGUCCGCCCGGUCUCCUAGGAGACAGAGGGCUCCAAGGCCUGAAGGGAGAGCAAGGUCCAACCGGACCAAUCGGUAAAGAGGGAGACACUGGAUCCCCCGGUGAGACGGGGGGCGUGGGACCCGACGGGGACAAGGGUGAGGUGGGCCCCUAUGGGCUGUCAGGGAGAGAGGGCCCCUGGGGGCCCCAUGGAAAGAACGGUGAAGGGGGUCCUAAAGGAGAGAAGGGCUUCCUUGGAUUAUUGGGUGAGCCCGGGUUGCUGGGCGAGGUGGGGCCUGCAGGGCUGGCAGGGUUACAGGGAAUCGCGGGUACUAAUGGACCACCAGGUCUGGAUGGAUCUCAGGGACUGAAGGGAGACUCUGGAUCGUACGGGUUCACUGGACCUCCAGGGGUAGCAGGUCCUCGGGGGACCAAUGGAGAUGUUGGAGUCAGGGGAGACCAUGGGAAGCUUGGACCACCGGGUCAGGUAGGACAGACCGGGCCCAAGGGGCCUGUCGGAGCCAAAGGGGCCCCGGGACUGGAGGGACUGAAGGGAGAAUCAGGAGCACUAGGCCCACCUGGAGAACAGGGUGAAGAGGGUACACCUGGCAUCAGGGGACCCACGGGCUUACCUGGACUAGAGGGAACCACUGGGGAGGCUGGGGUUCCUGGAGCUCGAGGGAUACCUGGGCUUCAGGGAGCCAAAGGGGAAACGGGAGCAGAGGGGAUCAUGGGACUGAAAGGGGAAAAGGGAGAGAGUGUCAGCGAUGGCCCUGCAGGGAAGACAGGUCUAGCUGGAAGAAGAGGCAGGCGAGGCAAGGCGGGGUCACGAGGGACCAGAGGAGGUCGAGGAGAGAAGGGAGAAAAGGGGCAGACGGGUGCCAGCGGCCAUCAGGGAUGGACGGGUCUCAUAGGAAUCCACGGCUCGCGCGGCGAAGCUGGAGACCAAGGAGAGAAGGGGCAAGUGGGAGAGAAGGGAGAAAUGGGUUCACCGGGACCGGCCGGGACUGAUGGCCCCAAGGGUUUAAGAGGUCCAGUUGGGAUGCCUGGACCCGCGGGUAUCAAGGGAGAACAGGGACACAUCGGUCAGUCAGGGUCCAGAGGAACCUCUGGGAUGCCAGGACUUCCUGGUUUGUUUGGACUGAAGGGUUUGAAGGGCUACCAGGGGUUACCAGGGCAACAGGGAAGGCGGGGGCUCCCGGGACCCCCUGGGCUGCCCGGACCACCUGGACCCUCGCUGAACCUGACCUUGACACAGAUUAAGGACCUGAUGUACAUGUCAGACAAGCCCAACUACAACAUCCUCCAGAGCCUGCUGGAGUCCCUGAAGCAGGACCUGCGGCUGCUGCUGGACCCCCCCGACGGCUCCAAGGAGCACCCUGCCUCCACCUGCCUGGAGCUCUGGCUCUGCCACCCAGACUACCCCAGCGGGAUGUACUACAUCGACCCGAACCAGGGCAGUUACGCAGACGCCCUGCUGGCCUACUGCAGCUUCACAGACACGUCCAAGCAGACCUGCCUUCAUCCCAGAGACUCCCAGAUCCCUAUGAGGGCCUGGAUGGAAGACAUCCAUGACGAGAACUUCCAUUGGCUCAGCAGCAUGGAGCACGGCUUCCAGUUUGAGUUUGCAGGAGUCACGGUGGUGCAGAUGCGUUUCCUGCGGCUGCACAGCUCCUGGUCCAGCCAGAAGGUGACCUACUCCUGCCACCCGGGCCACAGGCUGGGCCAGGGGGAGCGCGACGUCAAGUUCCUGGCCGACACCAGGAAACAGAGCUUCCUAUCGACGCUCAAAGACUGUGUGCCCGGGGAGCAGAGUGCGCGCGGCCCCAGGGAGUCUGUGCUGGAGUUUGAGGACCUCCAGCUGCUCCCCCUCAGGGACAUGGCGGUGAUGGGAGGACACAACUUCACCCACCACUUCAGCUUCACCAUUGGGCCCGUGUGCUUCAGCUAGAGACACCGAGGGGUGGCCCGACGCCGUCACACAACGGAACCCACAGACUGUGUUCAGGCACCCCCCCUCCGCCCUCCACCACCACCACACGGGACACCUACAACAUGGAGAUCACCCCAAUAAGGGGACAACACGGGAGGCCUGUCCUCCAUUUUGUGAUCGCGUGUGGACGCCACUAUUCAUUUCCUCUUCCUUUUAUCGCAGAUUGCGUUUCUGCCAUUUUUCUACAAGGUCAAGGACAUAUCUUUUCAAUAUUGUUUACAGAGAUGUUUAUCUUGGAUUGAAUAAUUUAAAAUGGUUAUUGUUUUUGUUUGUUUGAUUUAUUUUAUAUAUAAUGGACUCCGUUCCAGCCCUCUGCUAUAACAAUCCCUUUGUAUAUAGAGUUCAGAAUGCCCCAACUGGUCUGUUAACAACGUGUUCACGCACUGCAAAUACUCCUCCUCUGGCGCCCCUCGAUAAGGCCAGUGACCAGAUCAUAACGAGCGCUCCACUGCCCAAGGAUGACUUGAACACUACAGCCAAUGAGUUGUCUGUGUCAGUGCUUUUGUUCCAAGGUGCUAAGAAACGGGCACUUUGUAUUCUGGCAGAAAGGGAACGGCCAUAUUAAUCGUAUGCAUAAACUUGAAGUUGUCCAACGUAUCUCUUUGUGGAUAAACUCCCCUAGCUUUCCUAUACCAGGCUAUACUCUGAUCCGGUUUAGCAGUGUAUUUCACGUAUUGCUACUUUUUUACCUCCAUAAUUGUAUAUACUUCUCAUCUCAGGUAUGCUACUUCAUAUGAUACGCACGUUAACACUGAUGCCUCUGCACGCCACACAAGUUUAUUCGGCAACUCAUAAAUCAUCAACAGAAGUUGUCCAACACGGUAAAACUCCACCAUAUUUUACUAGUUUUCUUGUCAAGUUUGCGAGUUCACUUGUAAAAUGUGCACAUGAAAUUCUAAAACAUAAAAAGUUAUUGUAUUCUUCGCUGAGGGCAAACACUUUAAAGGGUCCUGUUGUACCGGUGAUAAACUGGUAGGCGUAUCGAUCACAUCAAACAUCUGGGUGGACCCUCCAAUUUAGGAUCUCACUAAAGGUGGAGAUGUUGAAAGGAAUUGUAGUGGAGAGUAAAAGUCACACCUUUUCCUCCUGAAUGAUCAUCAACAUCAAGAUUAUUAUUACAUUACUAUAAACAGAACUAGGUCCUGUUUCUGAUUGGUCAGCUCAGUUAACUGCACAGACUCCAGAGGACAAGGCAGACGAGAUGGUCCGAGGAAGGAAGCAGAAAAGGAUGACAGUUUUUAUCCUUCCAUACAAAAAUUAUUUUGGAUAAAUUACAAAAGUAGUUGAGCACACAAGUCUUGUUCCUCCAUCUCCCAUCUGAAUACUGAACCAUGUUUUGUUUAAAUUGUUGCAAAUGGCUUUUGGAACAAGACAGGCUCGGCAAUUCUGUUGGUUACACAGCUCUGCUGCCAUGUUGCUACAAAAGCCCUCAAAGUUUUAAAUAGGUGGUUCUUCAUUUAUUCUUUGUAUUUGUCUUUUUUUUUAUAUCAGCAUAUGAUUGCCUUAGCUGGCUGAGACUGAUCAUUGGUACUUAAUACUGACCCUGUUUGUAUAAAUCAUAGUGAAGUGAAUUCAUGCUGGACAUUUGUCUUGUCAUUAAAAACAAAAAAAGAACUAUACGGUUGAAUAAAAAUAUUUCGAUCUCUA